AAACAGCCAAGUUCUUACUGACCAGGCUGACUCAAGCUUAUGGUACAUGUACGAAAGAGUUGGUGGGCGCGGCGAUGAGGUGUUCGUAGACGUAAACAUUUGUAUUAAAUCGCCCUAAAUGUUGUGAAUAUUGAUAUAAAAAAUGUUUUAUCCAAGUGCCUUACAUUUGUUACUUGCGUGCACAAUUAUAUCCACCUGUUUGGCGCUAGAGUGUUAUGUGUGUGAUAAUCAGGAAGAUAACAAGGGGAAAUGUGUGAAAUCAAUCAAAACUUGUGAGCAAGGUGAAGAUGUAUGCCUCACUGAAAUCAGAUGGGGCAGUAUACCCUACUUUAAUCAAGGAGCACAGAAACAGUACUUCAUAUCCAAGAGGUGUUCAACAAAGUCUCUCUGUGAGAGAUAUAGAGAGAGCAAUAUGCACCUGUGUACACAUAUUUGGUACGAAGAUUGGAAGUGUUCAGAGUGUUGCAAGGGUGACAGAUGCAACUAUUUUGUUAUUUCUGGGUCUGAUGCACACUCCAUAAGUGGUUUAGUGGGUGUAGUUUCUACAAUUGCCUUAAUUUUAUACAGAUAGAGUAUUUUGUAAUGUUUAUACAAAGCUAGACUUGAUCUUAUACAUUGAAAAUUAUUAGUACUUUUAUAGAACACAAAUCUUAGGAAUAUCCGUCCCUUAAAUUUACAAAUGUUUUUUAAUAAUUUUUUUAAACUAGUAUUAUUAAAAGUAUGUAAUGAAAUAUUAUGAUAAUUCGAUUCUAUUACUGAUGUAUAUUUCAUGACUUAUUGUACUAUGAAUUUCCGUCCAUUUAUUGUACAAAUUUGUAUGUUUCAUCACACUGACACGAAAAUAUACGGCAGAGUUUUGCUUUUAUAAAAUA